AUGCGAUUCACCUGUGUUCUGCUCCUCCUGGCCACCAUUGGCUGCCUGCUGAUCUGCAGGACCAACGCCGCUACAGGAACCUCCACAACCACCACCACUGAGGCGGCCACCACUACCGUUGCGGCAACCACUGUGGCCAGCGACACCGCCACCACAACAACCAGCUCCUCGGACAGCACCACCACCACUGCGUCAUCGUCAUCGGGCAAGAAGAAGAUUCGCAGGAAGAGGAAGAUCGUCAGAAAUAAGCCAGCCGUAAAGAGAACUAUCCGCAGGAGGAGGAACAAUAGCACCACCUCGAGUUCCAGCACCUCAAGGAGCACCCGGGCCCGCAGGAAUCGUCGUCUUCGUCACAUCAGUGCUUAA